GUUUGACUAAACUAUAGUCCCAUACUCUACGAGAUCAAACCAAAAUUUGAAACCAGCUCAGCAAUGUGGAUUUUCUAAAUAUUUACAGUUGACACUUUAAUUAUGUACCGUUGUCGUCUCUUUCUUAAUUAUAAAGAAUUGUUUCAAUUCUUCUCUUUUCUUAUUUUUCCUCUUUCUUUUGCAAUAAACACAACGAACAACAUGAAAUUCCAAAUGAUUACCAUUGCUUUCAGUCUCUUUGUAGCCACUAGUGUCUCUGCUGCUGCAAUUCCUGGUAUUCAUCAAGUCUGUGAUCAAAACUUGGCCUGUUCAAAAGACUUGUAUUGCCGUAUCUCGGGUAACCCAGUCUAUGGUACCUGUGAAGAUCCAAAGCACGUCUGAUUAAUUUAUUCAAAAACCUCUCCCCCAAUAAAAUAU